CUUUCUGCCUCUUAAGAGACUGCUCUAUUCUCUCCGUAGAGCCUCUCCGAUCACACAAUUGGCAAAGAUCCACAGGCCGUGAGGACAGGUCAAAGGCAGAACAGAGGGAUGAGAACUCGCCUUGGAUGCCUGUCUCACAAAUCAGACUCAUAUAAUGAUUUCACAGCCAUUCUUCCGGAUAAGCCCAACCGGGCUUUGAAAAGAUUAUCAACGGAAGAAGCCACAAGAUGGGCAGAUUCUUUUGACAGUCUCUUGUCCCAUAAAUAUGGGGUGGCUGCAUUCCGCGCCUUCCUGAAGACAGAGUUCAGCGAGGAGAAUCUGGAGUUCUGGCUGGCCUGUGAGGAGUUCAAAAAGACCCGGUCAACAACCAAACUGGCAUCCAAGGCCCACAGGAUCUUUGAAGAAUUCAUUGAUGUACAAGCUCCUCGAGAGGUGAACAUAGACUUCCAGACACGGGAGGUGACAAGAAAUAACGUGCAGGAGCCCUCACUAUCUUGCUUUGACCAGGCCCAGGGGAAAGUGCACAGCCUCAUGGAGAAAGACUCUUACCCCAGGUUCCUGAGAUCCAAAAUUUACACAGACCUGCUGACCCAAACCCAGAGGAGGCUCAGCUAGAGCAGAGAUGGGACCCUCAGAAACCAUAAGCUUCCCAUGGCAGCCAAAACCAUUUCCAAAUGUGAAACUUCAUUGGUGUUAAAAAAGCAGGGGUAAAAGAGGAACAGGAGAGAGAAAGGGGGAGCCCA